AUGCUCCUCACGAUCGGACUCGUGCUGGGCAUUGCGAAAAUUUCUUCCGCGGCCAGUGGGGUCAUUUGGCGCGAGGGUAGUAACGAUUUCGUGUCGCUACUGAGCAUACCAACGUUUUCCUUAGCUAACGAGAAUUUCGUGAAAAAAAUCCAAGAGCUGGAACACCACAACUUCCACGGAGCCGUUCUAAAGGCCGUCUACUACGAGGAGCCGAACCUCGUGAGCUUCGUCGACAACGACACGAAAAUGACCGGAGUUUGCGGCGAACUGUGGAACAUCCUGGCCGAUUAUUUGAACUUCACGUUGGUCCCCAUCAAAAUGGAGAGCCGGAAUUUCGGGGGCAGGCUGGCGAACGGCAGCUACGACGGGAUCCUGGGUCUCAUACACCGCAACGAGUCCCAGAUAGUCCCGAGGUCCGGAAUAUUCAGCGACCGGCUGUCGCUGCUGCAAUACACGAUGCCGCUGUGGAGAGUCCGCUACCACUUGUACAUCAAGCCCGAGUGGAAGCACGACGACGGUUGGAUAUUCCAUUUGUUCUCCGCGCAAGUUUGGUACUCGUUUUUCCUACUUUUGCUCCUGAUGAGCGUCGGAGCGUACAUCCACGAAAAAAACUCCCUCGACAAGCAGGGAACAACAGUCACCCACCACAGUUUGUUGGACCACGUUUUCCACACGAUAGCCAUAGCGAUGUCCCAAGGAGCUACCUCGUCCGAACUGGAGGACAAGUCCAAGUUGAUAUAUUUGUGCACUAAUAUGUUUUCGUGGCUCAUCAUCAUCGCCUUCAGCUCACACGCGAUCUACUUGAUGAUGAAUAAAAAAUCCAACUUGCCGUUUACCGAUUUGAAAAGUUUGAUACAAAACAGCAAGUACGGCGUGGUCGCCUUCAGUGGUUCCAUGGUCCACCAACAGUUCGAAGAAACGGCCACCAAGUAUUACAGAGGUAUGCGCGACUUUGGUCGGGUGACUUUCGCUUCGUCCGCGGAGGAGGUUUACGGAAAAGUGUGCUUCUCGACCAAGGGAAAAUACGCGGCUUUCGAGGCCAUAGAUCGCCACAAAGCCAUUGGCCGAAAUAUAUGUCGGCUCGUGCCAACCCAGAGCUCUUACUUCGAGACGUGGAUCGCGUCGGCCAUCAAGAGGAGGUUUCGGUACAGGCGCAGCUUCGACAACGGGAUCCUGAGAAUGUACGAAACUGGGUUGUUGGAUGGGCUGAAGGAUCGGUGGCUCGAUUGGAAGGUUGACGAGAACGAGGAGUUGCCGUUUCAGUCGAUCGACGUCACGCAAACGUAUUUGAUAUUUACCAUUUUGAUUGUAGGGUGUGUUUUGUCCGUUAUUGUUUUGAUGCUCGAGUUCGUGAUUUUUUUCAGAAGUAAACAAACAAACAAAUUAGAAAAGUUCAAGAUCGUUAAAAAUCGUAAAAGUGAUGUUUUUCUCUUGGCUAAAUAA